AUGCUCAUUAGUUUAUUACCAAAUGAAUUGAUUGAAUUUUAUGAAAAUUUAACUGUACGUGAAAAAAAAUUAUUAGAUAGAAUGUCUGAAAAAAGAGAAAAAUAUAUGCAAGAUUAUGAGACAAGUCAAAUAUUUCAAUCAGUUUAUCCAAAAUUAUUAGAAAAAAUUGUUAAUAUUUAUGGUAUUAUGAGAGAAAAAAUUAAAAAAUUACCCGAAGAACCAAGAGUAUUCUUUUAUCAGAUGAUGGAGAUAAGUAAAGAUAUGAGACUUGGUGAAAAUGGAAAAUAUGAAGAUAUAAAAAGAUAUGUGACAGUAUUUUCAACAAAAUUUAAGAAUUUAUCAUCAUAUGCCCAGGAAACAUUAAUAAAAGAGUAUCCAUUAAUAAAAAUUUUAUCAACAAAAGACUAUUUUAAUGAAAUUAUUAAUAAUUGGUUAAAAGAAAAAGAAAAUUUAUUAAAGUUUAAACGUGUUCUAAGAUUUCUAUUUUUAAUAUCAUAA